AUCUUGCAAAUCCCCAUUUCUCUGGUAGUUGAGUUCCUUGCUCUGGAGGCCAAAAUGGGUGCACCAAACGGAGACCCAGAUCGGCAACCUUGCGGCCAAGGCCAUGGAGUUUGAGCACGACCCAGAUGCUGCAUUAUGGGAAAGGGUGACGAGGAGCAGAAUGUUGGCGGCAGUAGUGGUAGUGAGGAGACGGGGCAGAAUGUGGAGCCGAGAUUGAGGUGUGUUGGGUCUCGAUGGAGAAGGCUCGUUGGGCUCAGAUGCUUCUUAAUAGUGCUGUUGUCGCUUGGAGUUUUCCUCUCUGCUUUGUUUUGGUUGCCUCCUUUUCUUCGGUUCGCAGAUCAAAGGGAUCUGGAUCUUGAUUCUAGGUUUAAAGGUCAUGAUAUAGUAGCAAGUUUUAAUCUUGAGAAGCCAUUUUCUUUGCUGGAAGACAAUAGCUUGCAGCUUCAGAAUGAUAUUUUUUAUGAGAUAAGUGUUCCCACAACCAAAGUUGUUAUCUUAGAUCUCGAACCUUCAGCUGGCUCAAACACAACAAAGGUUGUGUUUGCUGUUGAUCCAGAAGUGAAAUAUUUGAAGAUAUCUCCAACAGGAGAAAGUUUGGUCAAAUCAUCUUUUGAAUAUUUGGUUACAGAACCAUCAUCUCUACGCCUAACAAAAUCCUUGUUUGGACAACCAUCCCUCUUUGAGGUCUUAAAGUUCCCAGGAGGAAUUACCGUGAUUCCUCCACAAAAUGCUUUUCUUCUGCAGAAAAUGCAAAUCCUUUUCAACUUCACCUUGAAUUUUUCUAUUUAUCAAAUACAAGCAAAUUUUUAUGAACUCACAAGUCAGCUGAAAUCAGGAUUACGCCUGGCACCGUAUGAGAACUUGUAUAUAAGGUUAUCAAAUUCCAAUGGCUCUACAGUUGAUCCUCCCACUAUUGUCACGUCAUCUGUCCUCCUGGCAAUCGGGAAUGCUCCUUCAAUGCAUAGAUUAAAGCAACUGGCUCAAACAAUCACAGGCUCUCAUUCAAGAAACCUUGGCCUGAAUCAUACCGUAUUUGGUAGGGUUAAGCAAGUUAGUCUCUCAUCUAUCUUGCAACACUCCCUUAACGGUGGUGAUAGUAGCGCCCCGUCGUGGUCCCCUUCUCCUGCCCCUUUACCCCAUCACCACCAGAACCACCACCACCACCAUCACCACCACCACCAUCACCACCACCACCACCACCAUCACCACCAUCACCAUCAUGCUAAUCUUGCUCCUGCUGUUUCACCUGCUUCAUCUACCGAGAAUGGUGCACAACACGCUCAUGAAGCUGCACCUGCACCUCAUAAUAAUUCACCUGCUCCAAGAAAAAGUUCACCCGCACCUCAAAAGAGUCACGAGGUAGAGCCCCCAAGUUGCCAAUUCAGGAAUAAAACAACGUUUAGAGGGAAGACUAGACAGGCAUCUCAUUCAGCUCCUACUGCCAGCCCUAGUAUUUCUCCUCACCAUUCUUCUUCCUCACCCAAACACCAACACCAAAAGGUGCCAUCACCAUCACCCACACUCAUCUCCCAUUCAGUUCCUGUAUCCACUCCUUUGCCACAUGUAGUAUUUGCACAUGUUCAUCCCCCAUCAAAGAGCAAAUCAGAUGAACAGCAUUCAGACAGGGUGCAAUCAGUUUCACCAUCACCAUUAGCAUCUUCAACUUCUGCAGGUCUUCGAGAUGUUCAAUGGACACUGUCACUCUUAUUAGUUAUUAUAUUACACUUAUAACAUCAAAAUGCGGCGCCACAUGUUGUCUAGUUAUAAUUACUUCUCUGGUGUUCGAGGGACGGCAAUUUUAUACUCGAACAGUCAAACCGAAUGCAGCGAUAGACUAGAGAAGUUUUGUUAGGAAGAGCAAUGCAAAGGGCGUACCUUGCAUUCUGAGUGGAUAUAUUUUGUACUCUUGCACUGUGUAAAUAUUCGAUUAAAAAGUGCAGCUGGCUGAUGCAUUUUCAGGUCAAAGUCAUAUUAGUGGUGGCAGGCUCUUGAUUAUGUGAAUCGCCGCUCACUUGUGUAUUCUCUUAUGCAGAAAAUGUAAGGGAGAUGAACAACAAAAUGUAUGAAAUUGC